AUGGGAGACUUGGUAACGACGACAACCAAGAAGGAUGGAGGUUCAUCCAUAAAGUGUCCGAUGUUAACAUCAACGAAUUACACCGUAUGGGCAAUACGGAUGAAGAUGCUGCUUAGGGUUCAUAAAGUUUGGGAAGUGGUCGAGAGCGACUCAACCGAAGGAGACAAGAAUGACUUGGCGACAGCUCUCCUCUUUCAAUCUAUUCCGGAGACUAUGAUCCUACAAGUUGGAGCACUUGAUACCGCAAAGAAGGUUUGGGAUGCAAUCAAGACCCGGCAUGUAGGAGCAGAUAGGGUUCGUGAAGCAAGACUACAGACCUUGAUGACUGAGUUUGAACGACUAAAGAUGAAAGAAACUGAUAAGAUUGAUGACUUCAUGGGCAAGUUAACAGAGAUAUCUUCAAAAUCCGCCGCAUUGGGUGAAAGUAUGAAUGAAGCAAAACUCGUAAAGAAGUUCCUUCAAGGGUUACCACGCAAGAAGUACAUUCAUAUAGUUGCUUCACUUGAACAACUUUUGGACUUAAACACCGCGAGUUUUGAAGACGUUGUAGGCCGUUUAAAAGCAUACGAGGAGCGUAUCAUGGCGGAAGAAGAAGAAGAAGAAGAUACACAAGAAAAUCAGAGCAAACUCAUGUACAGCAACACAGAAUCUCAAAAUUACAGAGAUAGAGAAAACAGAGGAGAUGGAGGAUACAGAGGAAACGGAGGUCACAGAGGAGAUGGAGGAUACAGAGGUCGCGGUCGAGAUGUGACAAAACGAGGUCACUUUGCAGCAACCUGUCCUGAUAGGCUUCUCAAGCUACAAGAGACAACCGAGAGCAAAGAUGGAGAUGAAACUCACGAAGCUGAUGGACUUUUGAUGCAUGAGGUUGUAUUUCUCAACGAACGGAACGUGAAACCUAAAGAUUUUGAGUCUAGUACUGAUGGAGAUAAGAUAUGGUACUUAGACAAUGGAGCGUCUAACCAUAUGACAGGAAACCGCAGCUUCUUCAGAUCUAUUGACAACACGAUUACCGGGAAGGUCCGUUUCGGAGAUGAUUCGAGAAUAGACAUCGAGGGAAAGGGAGCUGUUCUGUUUAUCACUCCCAACGGAGAGAAAAAGACCCUUGCGGAUGUCUACUACAUUCCAAAACUUAAAAGCAACAUCAUAAGCCUCGGUCAAGCCACAGAAUCAGGAUGCGAUAUACGAAUGCGAGAAAACUAUCUUACACUCCGUGACAAAGAUGGUAACUUGAUAGUCAAGAAGAACCAACGUGCCUACAACUUCAAAGUCAUAGCGAAUCCUCACGAUGGCAUGCUCGUCUAG